CAUGGCGGACGAGGGCGCCGUCACGGUGUGCGUGCGUGUGCGGCCGCUCAUCGCUAGGGAAAAUGCCUCAGGAGAUAAAGUGUCCCUGCACUGGAGAAGUGAGAAUAAUACUGUUUCCGACGUGAAUGGUACCAAAAUAUUUAGUUACGAUCGUGUCUUUCACUCAAGCGACAACACUCAGCAGUUGUAUGAUGGUGUAGCUGUUCCAAUUAUACAGUCAGCUGUGCAAGGCUAUAAUGGCACAAUUUUUGCUUAUGGACAGACUGCUUCAGGGAAGACUUACACAAUGAUGGGAAAUGAAGAUUCCAUGGGCAUUAUCCCUAAGGCAAUUCAACAUGUGUUCAAAAUUAUUUGUGAGAUUCCAGAUAGAGAAUUCCUGCUAAGGGUUUCUUACAUGGAAAUCUACAAUGAAACAAUUACCGAUUUGCUUUGCGAUAAUAGGAAAAAGAAGCCUCUGGGAAUUCGUGAGGAUGUUAAUAGGAAUACAUAUGUAGAAGAUCUGAUUGAAGAAGUGGUGGUUUCCCCAGAACAAGUUAUGGAAUGGAUCAGAAAAGGAGAAAGAAAUCGCCAUUAUGGAGAAACAAAAAUGAAUGAACACAGCAGCCGUUCUCACACUAUCUUCAGAAUGAUCAUUGAAAGCAGAGAACGAAGUGACCCUGCCAAUACAAACUGUGAUGGAGCAGUCAUGGUUUCCCACUUGAACUUGGUAGAUCUGGCAGGCAGUGAAAGAGCUAGUCAAACAGGAUCUGAAGGUGUUCGACUGAAAGAAGGCUGCAAUAUAAAUCGGAGCUUGUUCAUUCUGAGUCAAGUUAUCAAAAAGCUUUGUGAUGACCCUUCUGGCUUCAUAAAUUACAGAGACAGCAAGCUGACUCGAAUUCUGCAGAACUCCCUUGGAGGAAAUGCUAAGACAGUUAUUAUUUGUACAAUUACUCCUGUUUCUUUUGAUGAGACACUCAGCACUCUUCAGUUUGCUAAUACAGCCAAAGGAAUGAAGAAUACACCAAAAGUCAAUGAGGUACUUGAUGAUGAUGCUCUCCUGAAGAGAUACCGCAAAGAAAUUCUGGAUUUGAAAAAGCAGCUGGAGGAAGUGUCUUCAAAAACUCAGAUUCAUGCAAUGGAAAAGGACCAAUUGGCCCAGCUCUUGGAAGAAAAAAAUUCCCUUCAAAAAGUACAGGAGGACAGAAUACGAAACUUAACUGAGAUGCUGGUGACUUCUGCUUCCUUUUCCUCAAAACAGAAUGUUAAAGCCAAGAGAAGAAGAAGAGUUACUUGGGCUCCAGGUAAAAUAAACCAGGCAAAUGUGAGCUUUUUUGAAGACUUUGAAAAUGCAAUGCCAACUGAAACAAAAAAAAUGAAGUUGUCUCUUCCAGCAGUACCAGAUGUGGAGGAUUCUACCUUAGAGAAUUCUGAGUAUGAAAGCACUUGCCUGCUGGCUCCUGAUCAAAUUUCAGAAGCAGAAUGGAUUGCUGGUCCUAACAUGAAUUGGACUCAGAAAGACUUUGAAGAAUCUGUGCAACUCUGUGAAGCAUUAGCUCUAGAAAAGGAUAUCGCUGUAAAUGAGGUCAACGUCCUGCAAGCUAACUUCAAUAACCUAGUUCUGGAAAAUGAGCAGCUGAAAUCAGAAAUAAAUGAAAUGAAAGAGAAACUGAAGGAAAAAACAGAAAUAGAUGAAUUUGAAGCACUGGAAAAGCAAACACAAAAAGAUCAUGAGAUUCAACUAAUGCAUGAAAUUGCCAACUUAAAGAAUCUAGUUUCAAAUGCUGAAGUGUACAAUGAGGAACUUGAGGCAGAAAUAAAUUCCAAACUGGAACAACUGAAAGAGAAAGAGAACAAAAUAAAAAUAUUGCAGAAUCGUGUGGAAGAAUUACAAAAAGCAGGAGUGGGGAAAAAGGAGACAUCUUUUUCAAUGGGAGAUUCUGAUAAACUAAUUGAAGAAAUUCAGCAGCUGAAUAAAUCCCUCUUAGACAGUGAAGCCAUAGCUUUGGAUGCCAAAAAGGAAUCUGCUUUUCUCAGAAGUGAAAAUUUGGAGUUGAAGGAGAAGAUGAACGACAUCUUAAACAACCACAGCCAAAUGCAAAAGGAUGUUCAAUUAUAUCAAAGCCAAAUAGAAGCGGGAAAAGCCAGUUACAGAAAAAUGCAAGCUGACUUGCAGAGAGAGCUGCAAUCUUUAUUUCAAGAAAACACAAGACUAACUUCACUGAUGGAGGGUAAAGUUCCAAAAGAUUUGCUUUCUCAUGUGGAACUGGAAAAAAUGGCAGCUGACUUAAAAGGAAAACUAGAAAAUGCUUUGAAAGAGAAUGCGCUUCUACAAAAACAAGUAAAUGAGUUAUCAGAAUUUCAAUCUCUACCAAAUACUGUUGAGAUGCAAAAGAAAGAGAUUCUUGAAAAAUGUGAGGAGUUACGCUUAUUAAAACUGGAAAAUGAAAAGCUGCUUUCUGACGUAGCUGAUAAUGAAAUGAGACUUAAACAUAUGUCUGAAGAAAUUGAAAAAUCAAAGGACAAUCUCACAGAUGCACAAUUGAAAUAUGUGAAGUCUGAUGAGGAAUAUGUAGCACUUAAACAGCUCCAUGAAGAAAUAGAACAAAAAUACAUGGCUGCAUCAGAAACCAAUGAACAAAUGAAGCUCCAAAUAGAAUGCCUCUCUAAAGAAGCUCAAGAGUCUAAAACAAUUUUGGAUGAAGUGAAAUUAGAGCUCUCUAGCAAAAUGAAAGAACUGGAAGAAAAAACAGCAGAGCAAAAACAACUUCUUGAGCUAAGAGAAAAUCUUAUUCGAACUCAGCGGAAGUUAAACGAAAUGGAACAAUUGAAAGAGGAAGAAAGGAUUAGUGAAGUGAGAUGGGAGGCUGAAGAUUUGGAGAUCCAGGCAGUCUUGCAGCAGCUUACAGAAUGUCGGGAGGAAAUAAAAACUCUAACUCAGGAAAGAGAUGACCUGAAGCAAAAAGGGGAGUCUCUCCAAGCUGAGACAGAGCAACUCAGAGAGGAUAUAAAGGACACUGUCUCAAUGAACAUCUUGGCGCAUGAAGAUCUGAGAAAUACACAGAAUUCUCUGAAGGAAUCCCAGAGCACUGUCAAGAAGUUGAAAGAAAGUAUUUCUGAAAAAGAAUCUCAGAUUCUGAGUGUUGAAGAGGCACUAGGGAAAACCAUUAAAGAACUCCAAAUACGGAUCUCAGAAAUGACCGAAGAAAUUAAAAUGAUCACAUCAGAGAGAGAUCAGCUUGCUGAGGAGAAAAUUCAACAGUUAACUGAGGCACUAAAUGGUGUAUCAUGUGAGAAAGACCAUUUAUUAGCUGAAAGAACUAGUCACUCUUUACAAUUUAAAGAGCACAUCUCAUCAGUUAAUCGAGAAGAAGAUGAGCUACAAAAACUUCUUCAGGAUGUCAGGUCUGAGCAGGACCAACUCAAGACAGAGUUGCAAAGAAAUUCUAAUAUGUGUGUUGAAACAAAGGCAAAACUGGAAGAUGCUUUAGAGCAACUGAAGCAUAGGAACCCGAAUAAUAUGUCCAUUCAGGUAAAGCCAGUGGAUAUUGCAGAGCAGGUGGCUGGUGACAGCUUGAAAGAAAAAACCUUGAAGAUUAAGGAGCUUCUUGAGAAAUUCCCAGCCAUGGGGAAGAGAUAUGAAUGUCUCUCUACAGUGUCUCUUAAGUUAAAGAGUGAACUGAAUAGUCAGAAAUCACUGCUAACUGUGAUACUGCCUCAGCUUACAUUGGAGAAGAGAAAACAAGUCAAAACACUUCAAACUAAAAAUGAGGAAAUGAGCACUCGUCUCCAGAAGUUAUUGACCAAAUUGAAGCUUCUGUUCAGUUCUGUUUGCAACAAGAAAAGAGAAUAUCACACUGCUGUUCACAAGUAUGAAAUGGAAUUGCUUGAGGAAAAGAGAAAACAAGAUCACCUACGGUCCCAGAUACAAUGUCUCAGGAAGAUUAAUUUGAAGCAGAAUGAAGUAUCAUCUCAACAGUUAAACAGCAGUGAAGGGCUGCAGAGUUUCCACUUGGAUGCAGAGAGCAUUCUCAAAGAUGUAUCAGAAAUAGAACACGAACUUGUCUGCAUAGAAGCAGAGUUACAGCAGGAAGAAAAUGCUAGAAAAGAAACAAUACAGUUCUGGGAAGCUUGUUCAGGAACUCACUGGGAUGCAGAGGAACUGAAAGAAGAACUCGAGAAAGAUAAUGAAAGACUCUUGCAAGUCUUUAAAUUUUGGACUCCUAAAGUAAAGAUACUCCUUGAACUUUCUUCAGAGCUGGAUGCCAGAACUUCCGAUUAUAGUAAAAAUGCUGAUGUUGAAUUAAAACAGAGAAAAGAGAAAAAUCAAGAGUUGCUUCAAGAUCUAAACACUCUAAAAGAAAAACUGGCCCCUGGUGGCUCUGCCAGUCUGGCAUUAGAAGAAGAAAAUUAUAGGCUUCAUCAUAAAUUAAAGGCUGCAGAACAAGACAAAAAGGCUAUGGAAGUAAAAAUUCAGAAGCUAGAGAACGUAAUAAAUGAAGUAGGAGAAAGUGUCAAAGAGAAAGAUGACAGGAUAAGCAAGUUACAAGCACAGAUACGGAUAAGAACAGAGACAAGUGAGCUCACCCAACUGCAUGCCAAACUGAAUGAGAUGGAUAAUUGCCUCAGGACCGCCUUAACAGAGAAGCAGAGUCUUCAGGCAAAAUUAGAUAAAGGUGCUGAGCUGUACAAAGAAGAAAUUGACCAUCUCAAAACACAAUUGGUAAAAUGUGAUCUGGAAAGAAUGAAACAAUCCAACUCCUUUGAAGUGAAACUUGCUAAUUAUAAAGCCUUUGCAGAACAUCGAGAACAACAGUUAACAAAGCUAAAAGAAGAACUGAGAAGAGCACACCAAGAGCAAGAUGUUACUGUGCUGAAAGAAGCAGAUCCUCAGCAAUCCCAAAUACCCCUUACUUGUGGUGGUGGCAGUGGUAUUGUACAGAGCACACAGAUACUUGUUCUAAAAUCUGAACAAGCUAAGCUACAGAAAGAGAUCUUCCAGCUGAAGAAACAGAAUGACCUUCUACUGAGUGAUGAACUUCAACUGAAAGAGGAACUCAGGAAAUGGAAAGAAAAGGCACUAAAAUGGAGAGAACGACCCUCAAAAGAAACUACUCGAGAGACAAUACCAAAGUCUCCUAGGAAGGCAGUGUCAUAUUUCUUUAAAGAGCAAAUGCCUUCACCCUCCAAGGAAACUGCUUCUCAAGAAAUAGUGACUCAGGACCUACCAAAGCCUCUGCCUCUGACUCGUCCAACAAAUUUCUUUGAUAAUUCCAACUUGGGUGUGCUGACAGAUACACGACCUGAAGGCACAGAGUCCACAGAAGAGCAUCUUAAGCACUUGUUUGGGACUUCAAACAAAGAUAAAGCUCCUGAUUGUAGCACCCAGUAAAGAUGCUCUGUCAUAAGCUGCCCUUAGAGUAGCUACAGCUAGGAUCUGCAUAUAGAAAAGAAAAUUGCUUGAGGUCAAAAACCAUCAGCCUCUUCCAUCUUUGCUGUCUUGGAGUUUCUAUUUCUCACAACUGGGAAAGCUGGAAUAGGAGGACAAAAAUGGAAAACCAGAUGUUGCCCCACAACCUGCUCAUCUGCUGAUGUUCUACUUUGGUGUUUUGAUGUUUUUUGACGGCAAAGAGAAGCUAAUGUAUUGAAGAAAAAAAAUGGAAAAAAGAAGGGAUCAAAAACUAAUCUACUGUGAAACUUCUCAGUCUGAAACUUUUCAUUCUGUCAUUCCUAAAACAGCCCUUUUCUGGGGUGUUGAUAUUUAUAUCUUCAGAGUGCUGUUUACUUGACAAGAAAUAUUCUUUUGUUUCUUAGCAUGUAGUUUUUAUACCAUGCUUUCUUUAAGCCAACAGAA